UCACGUCACCUCGAUAUUUGUUUUAUUUGACUGUUGGUGAAUGUUUUUAUUUUAUAUUGUUUUUAAGAACAAGUUCCAUCCAAAUGUACCGGUGUAUAUGUACGGUUAAAACUAUAAGUCGUUAUUACACAUUCGACAUUAUCUUUCAGUAAUCUCCAAGUGGUCAAGGCAUUUAUAAUAAAAUUCCCAUUUCCUUUGUUGUAGAUAGUUGCUAGGCUAUAGUGCUUUCAAAUAUGUAACAAAUACAGGUACACAGGGGUAAUUUAACUGUUCUAUAUUUAUUUAUAUAAGGGUGUAUAUAAGGUGAAUAAGAACGAACAUUACAACACCCAUAUUGAUUAUGUAAAGAGCCAUCUACUAGUACAUGGAGAACUAAAUAGUAGUUUAUAGUUAAUUGCAAAUUUACUAUAGACAAUACAAGUGUAUAUUAUAGACUAGCACUAAUGGAAAUACGUAUAUCAUGUAGAAAGACAUCGUAUAUGUAUUUAGGUGUAUGGAAAAGGGAGAAGAUUCUGGUUGAACCAUAAUUAGGUAUGGUCGGUAAAGUAGGAAACGCAAGCGUUGGCAUCAUUGGUGUAUAUUUUCGGCGUGCUAUCUUUUGUAAUAAAACCAAGCCAAGAUGGAUGAGUUCUUGUCUUGUACAAACAAUUUUGUGAUAUUUAACUCUUAAGAAACGGCGUACACAGACAGAUAUAAAUUAGUUUUUAGUUGCGGCAAUUGGAUAUUUGGGUUUUAGUUUAUUGAACAGUGCGAGCGUUAUUGUAAUGUGGAAAGCGUUGUGUUUGAGUGGUAUUUUUUUCUGGGAAGCAAUAGUUCGCGGGAUCCAGCGUAAUACAAUCGAUUUACUACAGAACAAGUGCAAUUGAAUAACGCCUUCUCUUCGACGACGACACCGACAUUGUACAAUAAUAUAAAAUAGCACUCCCGAUUGUUAAACCCAAUAAAGGAGACACAAAAUAAUUGUUUAAUUAGACAAUGUCGAGUAGUACCUUUAAUGUAACAGAACCCGACAGUAGUGAUAGUCUCACAUUGAUUGUAUCUCCCAAUGGAACGGUGACACCAGACAAAGAAACUGUAAGAAAAUAUCUGAGCACAAGACCAUCUGUUGACAUAAAUGUAAUGAGAAUGAAGAAAAUAGAAGCAGGUGCAGUCAAUGUGACACUAGAUUCUUUGACAUAUAUAAAUUCUGAUGAAAUAGAAGAUCAAGAAGAAAUGGAUGAAAUAGCAAGAAAUUUGUUGAACUUAAAAAGAGAUCAUGAUUAUACACCAUUGACUUCACCAAUUCACCAAAAAUCAGAUGAUCCAGCAGAGGAUGAGCUUGCCCAAACAUUAAGUAUGCUAGAGGGUGGUAAUUUGAUGAGGCAAGAACCACUGACAAAAAUAACAAAGAUUGUGAAAGGAAAGAAACAAACAAUUUUUGUAAACAGUAAGCAGAAAGCUAGAAUGAUUAGUACUGGUCUGCUGAAGGAGAAGCCAUCAGAACGUUUAUUCAAGAAACCUAAGCCUAAGGUGAUUGAAAUUGUUCAAAAGAAAGAAGAAAUUGUAGAACCAAAGGAAGAACCUGAAGAUAGUAGUACAUAUUCAGAUGAAGAUGAUAUUGCUCAAGAGAAUGAUGACAAUGAUUCAGAUUUUGAACUUGAAGAUGAUUAUAAACCUUUAAAACCUAAACCAAGGACUAGAACUCGUUCUGAAUUAAAUAAAAAAAGAUUUAAACAAAUAAAAGUAAAUAAAGAUAAAAUUGAACCUGAAAUUCAUAAAACAAAUGACGAAUCAACAGAAAAGCUUGUACCAGAACCCAAACCUACCGACAAAAAAAUUACCCCUAAAAAAGAAAAGAAAGUUCCAAAACCGUUACCCGAUGAUUUUGCCCUGUUUUCCACUCCUGAUAUCAUUCGUCGUGUGAAAGAACCCGAGUCCCCAGAGAAGUUAACCCCUCCAAAACCCGCGAAGGUACAACCACCAAAAAUUCUAAACUCUGAACUGAGAAUGAAUAGAAAUAGCACCGAGAAUCAACGAAGACCCAGCAUUGAUAGCAAACCUCGACCAGAUAUUGUGUCUGUACCAAAUAUUGUUACCAAUAAAAUGGAAGAUCAAGUUACAGUCCAAGAAGUUCUGAAUACAUCUAAUGAGUCUAUACCAGAGGACCAACUACAACCAAUUCCUAGCGCCGAGGACAUACGCGCUAUUAUUCAAAAUGAGAAUACCAAGUCUUUUACAACUAGUUUGGUAAUACCAGAUAUUGCACCAAAUAGUGCAGAUGACCAGAAUGUUAAUAAUAUGAACCUUGAUAGUGGUGGUUUAGAAUUGGAUCAGAGUUUACUGGAUAACAUCAGCUCUGAUAUGAUAUCAGAAGACAUUCUUUAUCAGGUGGCUCAGUCACUUGUAGGCAAUACAGAAUUGCAGAAUGUUAUUGACAAAUCUAUAAGUGAGGGAAAUUUAGUAUUGGAUUCAUCCAUGCAAAAUGAUACAUUAACAUUGCCAGAGGAAGUUCAACAUCCACAAUUACCAGACAAUCUAAACCAUCAACAGGUACCAACAGUAACAAAUGUUGUACAAACUAAUCAUCUUGAAGAAAAUCAAAAGAGUGGAACACAAAUUGUUAGGCCAGAUGGUAGGGUUGUUAUAAUACCUCCAAUUGAAAGACCCACAACAAGAAGUAGAAAUAAAAAGAAAGACCAAUCACCAGUUCGACAAUUGAAACCUGUGAAAAAACCAUUAGAUGAAGAACAUGUCUCUGGCAAUGAAUUAGAUAGUGAAGAUGAUGAAGAAGAGUCUGAAGAUGAUCCAAACAAAUUGUGGUGUAUAUGCAAUCAACCUCAUAAUAAUAGGUUUAUGAUCUGCUGUGAUACAUGUGAAGAAUGGUAUCACGGAAAGUGUGUAAAUGUGACAAAAGCAAUGGGCCAGAUGAUGGAACAGGAAGGAAAGGAAUGGAUCUGUGUUUAUUGCAAAGAUACUGCUUUGAGUAGACCUAAUGCUGCUGCUAGAAGAAUACGUAAAGCUUCUAGAACUUCAACAGAUAGUGGGGGUGGAGGAAAUAGUUUAAGCACUCCAAAAAGAAGUCCUUUUCCAGUAACUCCAUCUUCAUCAUCAUCUUCUGAAUUUUUUACAAAUGCAGAUGAAAAGAAAGCAUCAGGUCCAUCUCAACCAGGAUGUGUUGUAUGUGGAAAGCCUUGUAGAAAUAGUUCUAUAUAUUGCAGUGAUACAUGUAUUUUGAAGCAUGCUCAAGGGGUAGAAAAGGUGGUUGUUUUUGAUCGUAAAAGUGGAAAGCUAUUAUCUGGCACAAAUGCCCCAAGUGCAGCAAAUUUAGAUAAAUGGUUAUCAGAAAAUCCCAGUUAUGAGGUAGUAAGAUCAGCAGUGAAACAGGGGCCUCCAAAGCCUGCAACAUUCACUCAAUCAAAAUUACGACUGGUCAAAAACACGUCAAAUGAAGGAGUUUCCUUAGCUAUACAUAAGAAGGGAGUAAAUAUAGGGGUGUUACAGCAUUCACCAAAAGAGCCACAGGAAAUUUUAAAUUCAAAACAAACCCCAAAAAAGCCUGGAUUAAAUAUUACUGGUUUAAAGAUAAUUAGCAAACAAGUUACAGUUGGUGCAAUACAAUCCAAAAUAAAGGUAGUUCCAGCAUCACCUAUAACAACUAGACCAGCUUUGACAUCAACGCCCGCCAAAAUUAAAAUGGUGCAAACUAAGUUGCCUAUGACCCCACUGAUUGUAAAAUCGGACAAAUUGCAACCAAUGCCCCAGAAAACUCCAAAAGCACGUCAAGCAGAAGUUCCAACACCCCCGAAACAAGAAAAUUUACGAGAAACCGUAAAGAAAACGUUUUUUGAACAAUUGUCAAAUCGAUUAAAGAAGGUUGCUGACUUAAAACUUACUGAUAUAGAGCUGAAGGGAAUUUCCAAUGAAAUUGAAUCGCAAUUGUACAAAUGCUUUGGCGAUACAGGUCAGAAAUAUAAAAACAAAUAUCGCAGUUUAAUUUUUAAUAUAAAAGAUCCAAAAAAUCAAACAUUGUGGAGAAGAAUUUGUGAGAAAUCUGUAAAUCCUUACCAGUUAGUUCGCUUGUCUCCAGAUGAUUUGGCAAGCCAAGAACUGGCCCUAUGGAGAGAAAGGGAAGCAAAACAUCAACUAGAUAUGAUAAAAAAAUCCGAGAUGGAACUGUUGAAUUGUUCAAGGCAGUAUGUUUUUAAAACUCACAAAGGAGAACAAGUAUUUGAAGAUGAUAAUAGGAACAAAGAUCAAGUAACGGAAGUCAUCUCCGGAUUGGGUAACGAGAAUUCGGAAAAGGAAGAAGCAGUAGGUGAUAAUGGAAAAGAUAAAAAGAAUGCACUAUCAAAACAUAAUAAAAAAGAUAAAGAGCGUGGAAGGUCUAGAGAACGGAGUAAAACUCGCAGAGAUAGCAAAGAACGUCACAAGGAUUCUAGAUCGUCCAGUAAAAAACGUUCAAGAAGCAAGGAUCGCAGUUCCACACGACAUAGUGAAAGAAAAAGGUCUCGUAGCCGUGAUCGUCAUAGAAGAUCAUCGCACCGCAGUUCUCGUCAUUCGAAAAAAGAAGAAAAAUCUAUAAACACUGAAAAGCUAGAUAAGAAAUCAAAGGAAAUCUUAGAGCAACUUGUCGAUAAAAAUAUAGUCCCUCCGUUAGAAGAUCGCCUUUGGAAGCACGUUCCCCAAGAAGAUAUUGUUCCGACGCCGACUAUAGAAAGUGAUAGUGAUCACGAACCUAGUUCAACUGUUACAAUUCCUACGCCACCAAGAACUACGGAACAAGAUGAAAUCACUGAAUCAAUUAAAUCGACGGACGACGAAAUUAAAAUUGAAGAAAAACCUGAAGAUGAGGGAGAACCGCAAACUGGAAAGUCGCCCGAUGAUAAGUUCACAUCUUCUCCACUUUGGACUGGCACAAUAAAUAUGAUUGACGUCGCACAAAUUUCUAUAACUGCGCAUGAAGUUUCGGGAGAUUGUAAUGGGUUGGGUGAUGAAUUACUACGAUCCCUGGACAUUGUUGGACGAAUUUCACCCGAAACUGUAUGGGAUUAUAUAGGAAAAAUGAAAAGUUCUAAUAGUAAAACAAUAUCAGUAAUUCGUUUGGUAGCAACAAAUAUGGAAGAACGUAUGCCAUAUUUAGCAUUGUACACUUAUCUUUCUAGCAGAAAUAGGCUUGGUGUUGUAAAAACAAUUACUAAAGCAGUUAAAGAUUUUUAUAUUCUGCCAUUAGCAGGUAGCACCCCAAUACCUGAACCUUUACUGCCUAUAACAGGGCCAGGUUUCGAAGAAUCUAGGCCAGCCCUAUUAUUGGGCAUCCUAGUUAGGGACAAACGUAAACGAAUGCACGAUGGCAGUCAUCACGGUCACUCGAAAAGGGUGCGUGUAGACAUCGCAUCGCAUUCUCAGCAACCUUCGACACCUCCUUCCUCCUCUCGUUCAUACACUCCUCCUCCGACAAGACAAGAUCCAAGAGUAAAAAUACCAGCAACUUCUUUGCCGGUUCCACCACCUUUGCCAAUAGAAAGCCAAGAUGACGAUAUGGAUGAGCCUUAUAGUCCGGAAGAUUCUGAUCCAGAUACAUUGCCAGAACAGCCACUAGCCAAUUCGCGAUUAAAUACAAAUGAUAUAACUAGUCUGCUGACUGGACCUGUAAAAUCGAGUUCAUUUCUGGAAUCUGGAUUAACCGCACAAACAUUCGAACCGUUUAGCAAUAAGUUCGAUAGUAUUCCAGGAUUAGAUGAUAGCCCAUCACUGUCUACAAGCAGUGUAGAGCUUCAACGGAAAAUGGCAGAAUUGGAUCAGAGAAUCGCCGCUCAGAAAGCAGAAAUCGAUAAAGUGUCGCAAGAUUUGGUAUCGUCUGCUACAUCGGCUGACAUAGGCAGCUCCACAUUAGCCAACAUUGCCUUGCCAAGUAAUUUGCAACAAAUAUUAGAAAGCAUUAAAACCAUCGGUUCAAAGACUGAUGGAAAUGAAUCACAGAGCGAAAAUUCAAAUUCGUCUACCGUUGGAGCAUCUUCCGACUUGACAAUUCCACUGCUAUUACCGAAACUAAGUUCCAGACCAUUAACCGGUUCGGCCAGUUCUAAAUUAGAUGCAACAAUACCAUUAAAUUUACCGAAAACAAAGAUUAAGGGUUCUGAUUCCGAGAAGCCAAGCAGCGUUUUGAGCACCUUAUCGGAAGAAGAAUUGAUUAAGAAAGCAGCAGAAAUGUUAGGGGAAGAUGCGGAAGUACCAACUAAGAAGUCUCGAAUUGAUUUAAGUCAACCCCCGAUUCCAGGUCUGGACUAAACAAACUUCCAUGUAGUGAUAGAAAAACAAUUCAGAGCAAUGUGUAGUCUUCUUAGGGAUAUAAUGUAUAUAUGAUGUUUAUAAAUGGUGUAAGAAGAUAUAUAUAUUUUCCGAAUUGGAACAGAGCAAUGGUGCUAAUAAAAAAAAAUAUGUAUUUAUCUACGCAACAAAAGUUGCUGACAAUUUAAAAAAAAAAUGAAUUUUAUUUUAAAUUUCAUUUGUUA